UCUUGCUUUCCUCUUCUGCCCCGGGCUCCUGCCUCUUGCUGAUUGUCAGUGGAGAAGGGACUGGGACGUCUGUGGCAAAAGCAGCAGCAGAGAAGGGAGAUCGGGGCGGGUUGAAUCCUAGAAAUAACAGAGUGGUUCUCUUGCGGCGGGUGUGGGGUGGGGGGGCGAGUAGGAAAGGGAAGGGAGAUUUCGCGUGCGGGGAGCGAGGGACGUUGUUACUACAGCUCGAUAGACCUCGCAGGCACAAGACAGAGGGCCAUUUCCCGGAUAUGAAAUCUAUGCCACUCUGAAACGCGUUUUAUUCUGGGUCAGUGUGCAUAAGUGGGGGGAGGGGGUUGGCCCUAUUUUAUUUUAUUUUUUGGAGGGAGAAAACUAGAGAGCAUAAAAGUAAUUUUCAAAAAGUCUUCUAAACGCCAGACACACUUGCAAGCUCUCUUGUCUUGUUAGGACUCACUCCCAGUAGAGGUGUGCCGGGUCCCUCUGUCGGGGUCGGGGAGAAUCCUAGCUCCUUGCCCUCCUGCUUGUGCUCUUCAGGGCGGUGCUUUGCUGCCAAGUCCGAAGGAGUUUCGCGGUUUGAUUGUUGGGGUGGUGAGCUGGCCUGGCACACGGCUCCCCUUCAUGUGCCCCCCCCCUCAUCGGGUCGGGUGACUUCCCUUCCCUAGCCUGCCUGAACACCCAACUCUGCUCCGAAACAGGGGCCCCCGCGUGUGUAUAUCUGUGUACUUUCCUUCCAAAUCCCCGCUGAUCUCCAGAACAAGCACUAGAUGUCCUUUUUUUGUUUUUUGUGCUGUUGUUGCCGUUCACUGUUGAUCCUGCAGCUUUUUCUUUUUUGGUGGGGUGGUUAGACUGUGAUGAAUCGCCGCCAGUGCUCAAGCUCAUGUGAAGGGGCCUGGUUUCGUCCCUUACUACACUUGGACCCUCUGGCCCGCCUGGCCGGGAGCCAAAUGUGCCGGCCUCACUUGAUCCACAGCCCCGGCCUGCCCUGGCUGGACAGCGGCAAGGCGGCCCUCUCGGCCCACCACCACAACCCGUGGACGGUGAACCCUUUCAAGGGGCCCCUGCACCCUUCCGCGGCCGGCGCGCCGCCCGGCGCCAUCUCGGUGUACCCAGGCGGCGGCAGCUCGGCGUCCAGCGCGGCCUCCGCCUCGUCGCUCACGCCGGCCUCGCACUCGGGCUCGCACCUCUUCGGCUUCCCGCCCACGCCGCCCAAAGAGGUCUCGCCGGACCCCAACGCCGGCAGCAGCGCCGCCUCGCCCGCCUCAGCCGGCGGCAGCAGCAGGCAAGACGACAAGGAGCCGCUCAAGUACCAGGUGGCCCUGGCCGACGGCAUGAAGAUGGAGAGCGCCAGCCCGCUGCGCAGCGGCCUCGCCGCCUCCAUGGGCGCGCAGCCCUCCACGCACCACCCGAUCCCCACCUACCCUUCCUACGUGCCCGCCGCCCAUGACUACGGCGGCAGCCUCUUCCACCCGGGCAGCUUCCUCGGAGGGCCCGCCUCCAGCUUCACCCCCAAGCAGAGGAGCAAAGCCAGGUCUUGCUCAGAAAGAAAUCCGGUUUCUUCGUGUUUCCAUUUAGAAGGCAGAGAGUGUGUCAACUGUGGAGCUACUGCCACCCCUCUCUGGAGAAGAGACGGUACCGGGCAUUAUCUGUGUAACGCCUGCGGGCUCUACCACAAAAUGAACGGUCAAAAUCGACCUCUCAUUAAACCUAAACGGAGACUGUCAGCAGCUAGGAGAGCAGGAACAUGUUGUGCCAAUUGCCAGACAACCACCACCACCUUAUGGCGACGUAAUGCAAAUGGGGACCCGGUCUGUAAUGCCUGUGGACUUUACUAUAAAUUGCACAAUGUGAACAGGCCUCUCACCAUGAAAAAAGAAGGAAUUCAAACCAGAAAUAGGAAAAUGUCCAACAAGUCCAAGAAGAGCAAGAAAGGCUCUGAGUGUUUUGAGGAACUUUCCAAGUGCAUGCAAGAGAAGUCUUCUCCUUUCACUGCUGCCGCCCUUGCUGGCCACAUGACACCUAUGGGGCACUUGCCACCUUUCAGCCACUCUGGACACAUCCUACCAACACCUACCCCCAUUCACCCAUCUUCCAGCAUCUCAUUUGGACAUCCACAUCCAUCCAGCAUGGUCACAGCCAUGGGAUAGAACCUGAAGAUCCAAGGACCCUAGCAGAAACUUAAAAACACUGGGCUUUGCCUAAGAUGACAGCAAGGAAAGAUUCUGCCCAGAAGAGAGAAUGUAGGGAAGGAAGGAAAAAGGGGAUCUCAAUCCAGUAUGGUCCAACUCUUUAGUGCUGGACUAAAACUUUGCAAUGAUGGGUCUUCUGCAGAAAUGCUUAAUGGUGCCUGUUAUGCACUUUGCCCCCUCAGGUAAAAGGAGAAAGAGGAACUCACUUGUUUGAUAGGAUACCUGCUGGUCCCAGCAGAAAGUAAAGGUGGCUGAAGCAGUAGAAGAAGCUGGAGCCAGCUUUCCUUUCUCUUUGUUAAUUACUGUGAAUAUUGUAAAGAGAUUAGCAGCCUCCCAAGGCAGAGGAAACUCAGUGGUAGCCGCCCAUGCUGGAUUUCUAUCAUGGACUUUGUUUGGGGGGAAGGGGAAAAAAUGGACCACUUUAUAAAAAUCUACUUUUUAAGAAAACAAAUCAGACACAGAAAAAUCAUUAUUUAUUUUGCUCUUGUGUUCCAGAAAGAGCUUCAAAACCCUUGCAUGUAUUUGUGGAUCUUUUUAUUUUAUUUUAUUUUUUUAAGGAAAUGUCCACCCUUUUUGAAAACUCUUUUUAAUUGCUUAGUGGCCACUCAUUUGAUUCUCUUCAUUGCUAUUAGAGUAAACAAAAUCUACUAUGAAAGCCAGGUGUGUGAGAGAAGGAAACAUGUAGCUCUAACAUAGGUUACAAUAGCCUCAAGGUGCAGAUUAUUUUGACAUAAUUUCUCCAGUCUUUAUCUCAAUGUGAAGAUCUUGUUUAAAACCAUAGCACCCCACAAAAAGACAGAUACACUGGACAAAUGCCUAAAAGGUUUUCCAUAGGGAACAAUCCUAUAUUGGUUGGAGGGUAAAAUGCAGGAAGUCAAUCUGUUUUCCCCAUAAAACGUCCUUAGGCAUGUAGAUGACUGUAGGGAGUGGCAAGAGGUGGACUGGCACACCAGGUUGUCUUGCCUGCCCAGCAUCCCUAUACUGUGUGUGUGUGCGCGCACACACACACUCUCUCUCUCUCUCUCUCUCUCUCUCUCUCUCUCUCUCUCUCUCUCUCUCUCUCUGUGUGCUGAUGUCCAAUAAUGGAAUGGCAGCCUUGCACUGACCUAAAUUCUGUGUACACUUGACUUUACAGCCUCCUAUAAUGUUUUGCAUUGUUUCAGAGAGCCUCACCUGACUCCAAAUCUACCCAAUCCUAUGAAAAUGUGUCUAGUUCCACCACAACCUCAUCUUGAUUAUCCUGUGUGUCCUAGACUCUCUGAUCUUCUGGCCAGUGCAGGGCUGUUUUCCACUCCUGUUACUACUCCCUUCUGUGCCGCCUUCCUCUGUUUCUUGAUGUGAUAGAAGUACAAACCCGAGCCCUUUUGGAGCUCAGGCUGAUGUGCUGAAAAUUUCCACCAUUCUGCACUGGGCACCACAGAUCUCCAGAUCACUCUCAUUGGAGCACAAACUCCAGAGUAUUACUGCUCCAAUCAUUUCAGUGGUCUUGUAUGGAGUGCCUGUUUUAAAUGAACAAAUGCGGUAUAGUGAACUGCCUUGCACCAACUCAGACCCUUGAUCCAUCCAAGCCAGUACUGUCUGUUCUGAGUGGCAGUGAUAGCAGCCCUCUCAUGUCUUAGGCAAGGCUUUUGUUUUCUGAGACAGUUGAACCUGAGACCUUGGCCGUGCAAAGCAUUUUGUUCCUCUGGAGCUGUGGUCUCUCCAUUAGUGGAUUUUUGCCCUAGGGUCUAAUACACAACCCAACUUGAGGCAUGAGACAGAAAACCUGAUUAAGCUGAACACCACCAAAAGGAUCAAUGUUUCUUUGUUACACCAGCAGAUGUUGCCCAAAAUACAAGACAUGUUACUUGGUUAAUCUCCCCCCACUUUUUUUUUAAAAAAUCACUGUAUCCAAUUAGAGCUGGAGUUUGUCAUCUGUAGGGAUGCAUGUCACAACAGGUCCCCCAGUCUGGAAGGUGUAAAGAUCCACAAGUCAGGAAAGACAGAGAUGUUCAUGUUCAGAUUCUUCCAACAGUUCAGGCAAACCAACAGCUACUGUGCAAGGGGAGGUGAUUAGUUAAUGGGGAGAACAAGGGGUAUGCUGACUGUUUCUUGUAGCACAUAUUUUUAUUUUUAAAGAAAAUCAAGUGUUGAAAAAAAGUUGUCUCCCAUUUCGAUACCAUGUUGUAUGUAAACAACUGAAAAAUAAAGCUCUUGCCAGUGUGAAGUGUAUUCUCUUGAUUGUUAUGAUCUGAUGACUCUCAUGAUCACAAGGUCCAGUAUAACAUAUGAUGUACAUAUUUAGCUAUAUUUCUGAUGAAAAAUGCCCCUAUGAGCAGAGGGGUUUGAUAAUGUAAACUGCAUAAGCUUAACUCUGUGACAAGCUUUUUACUGUUUUUAUUCUUAAUCAAGCCAAUUAUAUCUUAACUGCAAAAGUCUGCUUAAAACAAAAAGGUGUGCAUUGGUUUCUUUCUUCUUCUUUUUCCUAAAUAUGUAAUUCAGCUAUCUGAUUUAAAAAAACCACGAAGGACCAAGCAUCCAAAGCAAAACUGCUUUCCUCCCUUUUCUGGUCAGUGUAGGCGUAUAUAGCUGCACUUUGUAAAGAAGUAGAUGUAAUUGCAUACAAACAAAAGAUAAAUUUUGCCUGGGAGAAAUCUGCAUUUUCAAUUGACCAAGACCGAAGUUAAUAACUUUCCUUUCCCUUUUUAUUUUAUUUUAUUGGUGUGGGAAACUUUUAAAUUAUGGUACCGUUUUACAUAAUUUGUAGCCAAUUCAAAUUCCUUUAGGAUUGGGAGUAUGGGAAUGGCUGGAUGAGAGAGUGAGGAAAGUUACUGAUGUUAAGGGAGAAAUCCAUCCAGCAUAGCUGCUGCAGAGUCCCGUAUUUGUUUCAGUGGGGUGAGCCUGCACAAGCCCCACUGAAAUUAACGGAGGCUGCACAGCAGAGAUGCUUGCUGGACAGAGUCCACAGUCGACAAAGUGCAAUAUAUUGUCAGUCACUGCAGCAUAGAAGAACCGCAGUCAGGAUUUAAGUUAUUUUGUACUUGUAUCAGCAUAAAGAUUUGGCAGUAUUUUCUGUUUUUUUUAAAAUUUUUGCUUACUUUUUUGGAUUAGUGAACUAAGUUAUUGUUAAUUAUGUACAACAUGUUUAUAUAUUGUCUGUAAAAAAAAGUGUAUGCUUCCCUCAUAUUCCUUCAAGGUGAAUACUGCUAAGAAUAAUAAAAAAAACCCUUUUUUUGUGAAA